AUGCUUCGUUACUUGUUACUCUGCCAAUUAUCCGUCGCACACGUUAGUGCUAUUAUCAGUGUGACAGUUCCCGUUUUUUCCAAAUAUACAAUGCCAUGCAAUAUAACUCCCCUCCCAGCAGCUAUUGACUCGCAGAGGAUUAUGUGGUUCCAAGAUGGACGCUAUAAUCUAGCGAUCAACGAAAUCAUACUUUCCCGCGGAGAAAUCCCAUUCGGUGAGAUCACGCCAGAUGCUAGUGGCGACUAUAUGUGUUGUUACACCAAUACCGAACCCGUUCGUUGCGCAGAAACGAUAAGACUCGAUGUAGAAUAUCCCCGACCAAAGAUAUUCUUCGAUACAAUUCUGAAUGCUACUAUACCCGUAUUUACUGAUACGGUCUACUGGCUUCCUCAGAUGUUAACAACACCACUUGAGCACCCGACUAUAGCAAAAUCUAAGGGUGAAGUGAGUUUCCACUGCUACUACUACGUGAAAUCGUCUGGAAUUAGGCAUCCAGACGUUCAGUGGUCUUUUAACGAUCGGUUGCCAGCUGGAAAACACUUUGAAAAAAUCAUUGAUGAGAAUACCCCAUUCCACAAAAUUCAUCGAACAGAAAUUCCCUGCAAAGAAGACUAUUUGAAGGGGAAUGGAAGUCACUGUUUUCAAAGUACCCUUACUGUCUCUGUUGGACAAGGCAGUGCGGCGCAGAGGACUACCCACUAUACUUGCUACGUCGCUAUGACGAUGGGUUUUGAGACGAACAUACUGAAAGCUAACUACCGACUUGGCGACGGAAGUCGGUUUAUUUACAAUUUGUCUGAUAUGAGGUAUUUCAACAAGAACUGUUUUGAAAAUCUAAACAAUUCACCAUCCCUGGAAGUGGCGAUUGACAAAUUGAAUAUCUGUGAACGAAACCAAUUCCUGAAUUUGUGGAUUUCGCCAGCCAAGGAUGGGAAUGUUACUGUAGAGUGUUCUAGACCCCUAUUUGUGGUUUUUGAUGAAGGGCUUCAGGUGAUGCUUCUUCCAGCUGAUUUUGGACUCGUCAAAAAGUUCGCCCAAUUGGAAGUUCACAGAAGCGAGGAGUUCUUUUCUGAUAUGCAUAAAUAUGGGGAGCGAUUAUUAAUGUCAAGUCGAGAGAGAGCGCAUUUUCAAGGCAGGGACCUGUACUAUUUUGACGCAACCCUUGAAGGCAACCUCUCACUUGGUUGUCAACGUGAUCAAGUUGUAUUGAUAUGUACAUACGGACCACUUUUUCACAUGAAACUCAUUCCAACUAGAUGCAAGAGUUCAGAUGCCGUCGACAUGAAACUUCUCUUCAUCACUCUUGGGAUUGCGAUUCCUUUUAUUGUCGUAAUAUUAAUUGCGGGUAUCUGGUGGUAUCGACGUAGAAACUCGUACAGAGAGAUUGUCUGGAAGACGGUCGAUUCUUACAUCGAUUUCUACAUGAUUCAAAGUAGUCUACACACCUCGCCUUUGCCGCCACAAACUAAGAGUUCGGAAAGGUCCAAUAAGAAGAAAUCGAAAUCCGUAUUCAGGAGGACAAAAAAGCACUCAAAAUUGGGCGAUGCUCAGUGGUCACCACCUGCCAACCAAUUGAGACUGGAAGAGCGCAUUGCUAAUGGCAGCUAUGGUGAUGUAUUCUGUGGAACUCUGUUGACACUGAUGGCUUCUAAUGGAAAGAAAGGCAACGAGAAAAUGGUGGAAGAACAAAUUGUAGCUAAGGUUUUGAAUGACGUCUAUUCGAAAAGAAAUAUGAUGGAGUUUGCUAAUGAAGUUGCCAUUCUUCGAAUCAUUGGAGUUCACCCAAAUAUCAUCCAAUUUAUGGGCUGUGCGAAAGAAAGUAAUCUAGGAAAAUUGCCAGUAUUGUUGAUGGAGUUUGCUUCGCGAGGCACGCUUCUCAAUUACCUACUCUCUAUUCCGCCAAAUCGGAAUGCUUCCUUCUUGGAAAUCAAAUUGGCCUAUUGGUGGACACGAGCCAGAUGGCUUAUUAAGGAUCUCUUAAACUUCGCAAUUGAUAUUGCCAAUGCCCUACUCUACUUGGAGAGUAUUGCAGUGUCUCACGGCGAUAUCGCAGCUCGUAAUGUCUUGCUGACUAGCUCUCUUACAGCGAAACUAGGUGACUUUGGAUUGGCUUGUGUCAUCCCUCACGAGAAAUCUAUCGCUCAACCGCCCUCCAAGAGAUUUCCCAUACGCUGGUCCGCUCCAGAAGUAAUACUAUCGAACCUUCGUCAUGUUCGCAGUGAUGUAUGGUCCUUUGGUGUCUUGUUAUGGGAAAUUUUCAGCUUUGGCGAAACCCCCUAUGCUCAUAUUGAUUCUGAAGAGGCAGUUGGAACCUACGUGAGUAUUGAAGGGGGCCGACUCUGUCGACCAUUAAUCAUUGCUGAUGGCGACCUCUAUGCAUUGAUGAAAGGCUGUUGGAAUAAAUCUGUGGAGCAUCGGCCCAGCUUUCAAUCACUGCUUGAGAGCUUGAAACUUACCGCAAAAGAGGCAAUCGAGUCAAGUGUUCAUUCGAGCUUUGGUUCGGCUGACGAAAAUCUUUCAAUUCAGUCAUAUCUUCCAAUGGACGCAUAG